GCAGUGGCUGAGUUCCGUGCGCAUGUGUCUUCUUCCGAGACAGAACCGCCACAGCUUCGCGCCGCGACUCUCAGUCUCGUUCCAAUCCCGCGGAGACAUACCAACAAUUAUCCUGUCACCGACAGUUCAAGUCAUCACGCAAAUACCCCCUAAAUCAAAGUUAGUACACCAAAGUGCAAUCUACCUCCGGAAAUUAAUCUCCCAUAAUUGCAUAAUUUAAAAAACUCAUUUCGCAAUUUUUAUCGGUUUUUUUAUUUCUAAAAUACGAAGUGAUAACGAGAGUUUAGUUCAUGUGAUAUCUACAGAUAUUGGUGGUGGGGGCUGGUUGGGCGGGCAAUUAAUCGCGAUUAUUCGCGAUUAUCCUACUGGGUAGAAAAUAAGAAGUGAUAACAAGUGGUGACGGAUUUCGGGGGGACACGGGGGAAUUCAAACGGACGUAUCAGUGCGCCCUGCGGACCCUUCCAACGGAUAGACACACGUCAAUUUGGCUAAUGGACAUUGGACGAAAGUCACCGGUCCCUGGACAAAUUACAGUGCACCCAGUGAAAUUGUGCUGUGAAAAAGAAAUCAAGGCGCACUACAUGGGAGGAUGUCAUCGAAUCUCGUGCUGAGAGCAUCGUUAAUGAGUAGAAAUUCAUCAGAGAGUACGAGGCUUUAAUGAGGACACACUGAAAAUGGGAAAUUUACGCUGGAUAAAUCUGAUCGUGCUGAUCAUUACAGCAAUUACCGGGGUGCGUAGUCUGAGGAAUGUCGUCCUGGAGAUGAUCCCGGAGAUCGUUGAACGCGGUCACGAGGUAACAUUACGUUGUCAUUACGAACGAGAGAAUGAACCCCUGUAUUCUGUCAAGUGGUAUCGGGGUAAGCACGAAUUUUACCGCUAUUCACCAUCAGAGAGUCCACCCAUUAAAGUAUUCAACAUAACUGGAAUAACCGUUCACCGUAAUAAUUCUGAUCACGAGCAGGUGACUGUAAUGAAUGUGGGGUACGGCCUGACGGGUAAUUUCAGCUGCGAGGUGACAGCUGAUGCACCAACAUUCUCCACGGAGGAGAGCAUCAAGAAGCUCUGGGUUGUUUCUCUACCAAAGGGCAAGCCCAUCAUCUCAACAGAACGAAAUCGUUACGAUCCUGGAGACACGCUCAAAGCAAAUUGCACAGCUACACCAUCUAAGCCCCCGGUGGAAUUUGUUUUCAAGCUGAACACCAUAGAGAUUGGACCGAUAAAUGCGAGUCAACUGAUGGAAAGAUCGGACUACAACAUGGGUAAUAAUUCUCCUUACGUUGAAGAAUCACAACUACAGUGGGGCGAACUGAGCAUUGAUCUCCUCCCCUUCCAUUACUCAAAUAACCAGUUAACCAUUCACUGCAUCGCACGAAUACCGGGGAUGUACGAGGCUGAGAGUGAGUUGCAGGUGCAAAUUGGAUUGAGGGAGCCUGUACCCGCUCAAAUCACUUCAGACAGCAGCAGGGCCAUCUCCAGUGCACAUCUUCUAGCAGCUCUAUCACUCCGCGCACUCCAUUCUUUCUUAAGAUAGUCAUGAAACGGUGGAAAUCUCGUGGGAGCAUUACAGCACGGAAAAGGCCAAAACUAGUCACCAAAUAACAGGGCAGACACUCGAGCACGACAUGAUUUUAAAAGUGAAAUAUUAGAGAGCCCCGGGUCAUGUGGAAUGCAAUUUUCAUGUCCUAGGACCAGAGAGCAGAGUGAUGAUACGAAUAAAAAUGUUUCAGAUAUGGAUUGUCGGAAUAACUGUUAAUCGACGUCGAUUCAUGUAACUUUUAUAUAGGUUUCAUUAUAGAAAUAAGACGGCCAUGUACAAGAAUUUUCUAGAAACAACCUAUUUCUUAUUUUUUUUUUUGCUUCGUUGAGGUGACAUUGCCAUUAAUUAUUCUUCCUAAUUUAUCCUAGCUUUAUGGCGCAAUGAAGGCUGUUUUUAUUUUUCAUCGCGAUUGUUAACGGAGAAUGUCAAAAUUACACGGUAGAAACUUGCGUAAUGAAGUAUGGAAACUAUCCUUGGGGAAUUUGAUCGAUAAAGUUCCAAUGAAGUUGUUGUCCGUCAAUAAUUUGUCAGUCUUGCGAGAAAUUAGGGACACGAGUGAAAUUUGUUGCUAGGCUCUGGGUAUCAGGGCGGUAUGUUGAGAAAUAUGAAAAGAUUCAUGUCAAUAUCCUUCCAAAUUUGAUAUUACGUUUAACAAUACUCAAGCUUUCUCACUUGUCGAAUUUUUCCACCAAAUGUGUUUCGAGGAACGAAUUACAGUUACACGCAAUGCCAAUGUGCAUGGCUUUCGUUUUUACGUUAAGGAUAUCCAAGUACUUGAUUUUUUUUACAAUCAAUUAAUUACCCCGUCUUUGAGUCCGCGAUUUCGGAAUUGAAUUUGUGGAAUUGUUAUUUUUUCUUCAACUGUUACAGGAUAUUCUUAAAAUUUAUAAUAUUCAUAUUGACAAUCGACUGAUUGUCAAAUUGAAAAAUUAUUCACUUGUGAAGAUAAAAUGCCACGGAAUAUUGGGUAAUUUAUUUAAAAUAAUAAUAAAUAAUUUAUUUCCACGACAAUUUAGUGCAGAAAUUUGAGGAUUGGAAAUCUCCGAAUUUAUUGUACUUGGAUACCCUCGAAUGGCGCCUACAAGAGAUCGAUCUCAGCAGUGCGAAAAAAAACGAUUGACUUCAAUUAAACUGAAAUGCCAAUUACGAUAAUCAAAGUUAACUAAUUACGAGUAAAAGUUUGGUAAGCAUUUUUGGAUAUCGCUACGUAAUCUCAUACCUAAGUUCAAUCGCCAAAGAAUCCUUUGUUUUUCCACAAAAGGAAAACAAUAAAAAGAGAAAUCCAUCACCCAAUUAAAAUAAAACCCAAAAAAUAAAAAAAUAAAAAAUAAAAAAUAACCGACGAUCUCACGGAUGUAGAGCCUCGUGUCUCGGCACGUGUGUUCAAUUUUUCCAGUGAAUCAGAAAACGUAAUAAUAGUUGAGCAUCUGUUUGGCAAUUUUGUCUAAAAGAGAGGAGUCACGAAAAAAGAAUUCAACUUCCCUUCAAAUUGAAACCACUCAACGCCCCAUUCACGUUCUUCUCCCCCUUGGAGUAUUUGCACGUAUUUGCGUUGUUGGAGAAUGCGGAACGCUGCCAGAGAUUCAAAGGGGGAUAAAGACGCGCGAGGGAGUUACAAACACACGUACGCAAAAAGAGUAACAUAUAGGCACUGAGAGACUCAUCUUGCGGUGAUUCGAAAUAUCUCAUGUCUCUCUUGUUUCGAUGAGCAACGCAUAUAUAUUAGAUGACAAUUUUUAAGCAGAAUUAACUAAAAAAAAAAAAAAAAUGAUGAUAAACGAAGCGAAAGAUAAUGCGACUUAUGUUACGGUCGAUAUUUAUUGUUGUGUAUAAAAGAAAUAAACUUAUCGAUGGAAUGAUGAUA